CUGCCUUUGCGUCGUCCAGUGCCCCGGCUGAGGACCCGCAUUUGUAAAAAGGUUUUCAUAGAAGCUUGUCUCUGAAAGACUGGAAAGGAAUAAAGAACAUAAUGACUACUUUGGAUGAUAAACUGCUUGGUGAGAAGCUCCAGUAUUAUUACAGCAGUAGUGAGGGUGAGGAUGAAGACAGUGAGAAAGAAGAUAAAGAAGGGGAGAGCACCAUUCCUGAAAGCGUUGGGGAAGUAGAGCUUUGCAGCGAUGGCAGUGCAGUCAACACAGGUCCCAAAGGAGUCAUUAAUGACUGGCGAAGAUUUAAACAACUGGAAACUGAACAGCGGCAGGAGCAGCGCAGAGAAAUGGAACGACUCAUAAAAAAGUUAUCUAUGACAUGUAGAUCUCACUUAGAUGAAGAGACUGAUAAGCAGAAGCAGAAAGAGCUUCAGGAAAAAAUCAAUGGAAAGAUGACGUUACAAGAAUAUAACAUGAUUCACAAUGAUGAAGAUGAUGAGGAAUUUUUACAGCGAUACAGGAAGCAGCGAAUGGAGGAGAUGAGACAGCAGUUGUACAGUGGGCAGCAAUUUAAACAGGUUUUUGAGAUUACCAGUGGAGAAGCGUUUUUGGACACGGUUGAUAAAGAGCAUAAGAGCACACUGAUCAUGAUCCAUAUUUAUGAAGAUGAUAUCCCUGGCACAGAAUCCCUGAACGGCUGUAUGAUCUGCCUGGCUGCUGAGUAUCCAACAGUUAAAUUUUGCAGAGUAAAGAGUUCGCUCAUCGGUGCUAGCACUCGCUUUACUAAUAAUGCUUUGCCAGCUUUGCUGAUCUAUAAGGCAGGUGAGCUCAUCGGCAAUUUUGUGCGAAUCACUGACCAGCUUGGAGAAGAUUUUUUUGCUGUAGACCUGGAGGCUUUUCUGCAGGAAUGUGGUUUGCUGCCAGAAAAAGACCUAGUGCUCCUGACUUCUAUACAUAAUCCGUCUGCAUGUUACAGUGAAGACAGUGAUCUGGAAAUAGACUGAACCACUUAUACCAAGGGCCCGUAGGUUGUAUUUGUACUGUGGGAUGUUCUUGUGCUAGGGAUUGUUGUCUUUAUUCCAUAAUGUGGGUAUGUAUUCUUCCCCUUCAUGCACUUUGACUUUUGCUCAUUAAAAAUUUGUUAAAAAUAACAUAAGGAAUUCCUAACAUUUUCUUAAAUUAAUUCAAUAAAGUACACACUAAAACAGU